GAGAAGCUAGCGCGCUAGCUAGCUUAGCUAAAGUGCUUCAGUGCGAUUUUUCUUUCUUUUUUUUCUUUUUUCUUUUAGCUUUUUUGAGGCAUUCGUCGAGACAACAGCGACGCCUGAGCAGGGAGUCAAGCAUGGGUCCGAAGAAGAGAGAUGCAAGGAAAAGGAAAACUGAGGAUGCUUUGGGGGAAGAGGGGGAAUGUGAGGAGAGAAGAGACAGCAGGAAGAAGAAGCAGCGUGAAAAUAAGAAAUACAUUGGGGCUCAUGUUGGCAUUCAAGGUGGGAUAUGGAAGGCGGUGCACUCCUGCACUGAGAUGGGUGGAAGCUCCUUCGCCCUGUUUCUGGGCUCCCAGCGGUCUUGGAAGAGGCCCGCUCUGGACCACACGGCUGCAGCCAAGUUUCGAGACCAAUGUUCCCUACACGAGUUUGACCCAGCUCACAUCCUGCCUCAUGGGUCCUACCUGAUGAACUGCGGAUCUCCUAAAGAGGACGUGUUUGAGAAGAGCCAGGCCCUGCUGGUGGAUGAGCUCAGCCGUUGCAGCCUCCUGGGCCUCAACCUCUACAACUUCCACCCUGGCUCCUCCCUGGGCUCCAUCACCACUGAACAGUGCAUUGACAAGAUAGCAGGAGCCAUUAACCACGCUCACCAGCAAACACCUGCUGUAGUCACAGUGUUGGAGAACAUGAGCGGUCAGGGCAGUACGGUCGGGGGUAAGUUCUCCGAGCUGAAGAGCAUCAUAGACAGAGUGGGAGAUAAGACCAGAGUUGGAGUGUGUCUUGAUACCUGCCACGCCUUCGCAGCAGGAUACGACCUGGCUGCAGAGGGAGGGGUGAAGGCCAUGCUCGAUGAAUUUGAUCUGCAAGUGGGGCUCGACUAUCUGAAAGCAAUCCAUCUCAAUGACUCCAAAGGUAAACUGGGCUGCCACCUCGAUCGCCAUGAAGACAUCGGUAAAGGCCACAUCGGAAUCUCUGCUUUCCAAGACAUUGUCAACGAGCCCAGAUUGGACAACAUCCCUCUCAUCUUGGAGACACCAGGACGGCCAGGAUUCGAGUAUGCUGAGCAGAUCGAACUUCUCUAUUCCCUCUGUGAGAAAAAUUAGAGAACAUACUUGCGGAUGAAUGACCACUGCUGAAACAAAGCCACAGUUCAAAUAUCUGUUAUAUCUGUCAAGGACCAAAAAUGACAUGUGGUGCGGCUUAUUUUCAAACACACUUUAUUCAGUUGUUACUCACCCUGUGAGCAGUUUAAUACGAAAUGUUUAUUUUUAUAAAGGUAAAGGAGUUGAAUAAAUGUUGUAGUUUA